AUGUUGAAGAGCAACUUCAACGCCAUGCGCAUGCAGGAGGGAGAGACGCUAGACCAGUGCGCCAGAAAGCUCAACGCCAUGUCCAUCACAUAUGCCAAUCUGAGGGAGAUGCUCGGCGACGCUGCAUUGGUCAAUAAGUUGUUUGACACCGUGUGGGAUCAUUUCUUGAGUGUGAUAGACGGGAUCGAGCAGUUCUACGACCUCGACACCAUGCCAUUCGAGGAAGCCAUAGGGCAGCUGAAGGCUUUUGAAGAACAUGCUCGCCCACGUGUAUCCGGCAGCAACAACAAUGGUGACACAGGUGGUCUUGGUCGCGGCAGAGGUCGUGGCAAAGGUCAUCGCAGCGGUGCAUCGCAUAAUGAGAAGGAGAACGGCUUGGGCGAUGGUCGCUGCAACAAGAGUCACAUCAUGUGCUACAAUUGCUACAAGAUGGGGCACUACGUGAACGAGUGCACGACUCCAAAGGAAAAGGAGGAAGAGAAAGGCAAAACACACGUCACAUGUACCGAUGACAUCGAGCCAGCCUUACUACUAGCAGUGUCGGAGGAGAUUGCACCGGGGUUGCAGCAAAGGUGGGAUGUUGUGUUGCUGAAUGAGAAGAAGUUGAAGCCAAAAGUGUGUGACACCUCGGAGGGAGGCUCUAGCUCUGAGGUCUGGUACCUAGACAAUAGAGCUAGUAAUCACAUAACCGGUGAUAAAGAGAAGUUCAGACAGUUGGACGAAGAUAUCACUAGCAGGGUGAAGUUUAGGGAUGGCUCCAUGGUAUAG